AUGUCUGACUUUUCACCUCCUCAUGCUAACAGUGUUCCAUCAUUAUUGAGUUCAAGCAAAACUAAUGUCAUUCCAGAAUCAUCUUGUGUGAAUUUCCAGUCACAUGAGACUCCUCAAACGUUGGGAGCUGAUCAGUUGAUGGUUCAGCGACCCUCGCCUCCUCAAUCCAUGUUGUUAGCUCCCUUAAGAAAUGAACACUUGGAUCCAACGCAAGAUCAUUCUCCUGUAAAUAAUACUCAUCCUGUGAAUAAUAGCAACUCCAUGAUGAUCAUUGACCAUGCUGAUGAUGACACCAAGGAUGAUGAUCACCACAUGGAUGAAGCAGGAAACACCAUGAGAUUUGAAUACUCGUCCAAGAGUAAUAACAACACCUCCAUUAGUGAAAGUGGUGGUCAUGGCACUAAUGGUGGCGUUGGUAUCAGCAAUUUCAGAGAUUCAAGUCCAUCAUCGCUCAAUGCUGUCUCAACCACAACCACUCCUUCCAAGACUCCCACUCAUGGCAUUCUUCCAUUCAGUAAUCUUACUCUUGAUAGUGGUUCUGACCAUCAAGGUACCAAUAGUAGUGGCAGUAAUAGUAGUAGUAGUAAUAGCAGUAAUAGCAGUAGUGGUAGCAAUAAUAGUGGUCAUGGUCAUUCUUCCCACAACACUCCCUAUCCACAACAGGAACCUCAAAUGUUGCCCUCCAUUCGAAAUUACUUUCAACCCAUUCCUGGUUUGAGUGAACCCUCACCAACCCAUACGAGUAGUGCUGUUCCCUUAUUCAACAUUUCAAGUAAUUCCUUUGUGGUUGGAUCUAGCUCUUCAUCGUACACUCCCAUUCAACAACCACAAGGAGCAAGUACUACUACUACUACAACGACUACUAACAACUCUUCUUCAACCACCACAAUGAAUACUCCUACUAAUGGUAGUUAUUUCCAUUCCAUAUCAAGCACCACUCCAACAAAUUAUUCUUCGAGUGUUGUUGGAGGUAUGAACAAUCCUUUCAUGAGUAGUUCGUAUCUUAGUGGGAAUCCUGGUCCAAGUUCUACCACACGUGCGAGUGUUCACGUUUGCUCCUCCACGACAGGAAGUGUCAUGACACCCACGAGGAAUGGAACGUUUGGUUUCAACACAAACCACUCAACGACUCCCACUCAUGGCAGCAACACUCCAACAAAGGCUAUUGGAGUGAAUAAUAUAUUCAUGACAAGUCCAACUGGGUAUACUCCUGCUCAACAACAACCAUUCCAAACAACUGGAAGUAAUAGUAAUAACACCACAACCACCACUGCACUAAAUGCAAGUCCCAUGAUGAACGUUUCAACUCAGGCACUCCUGUCAAAUUCUUGGGCAAAAGAAAUUCACAGAAUUUGGGUGGACCUCAAUCUGCCUUCUCACCCUAUGUUCCAGAACAUUCACCAACGAUACUCCUUCUCCUCGUACACUCCCAUCUCAUUGAAUUCGCCAUCAAAACCAUCGAGACCUUCAUUUAGUAGUGGUGGUGGUUCAACCACUGCUAGUGGAUCUUCUAAUGUUCAAUUGUCCGUUUCAUCCUCAAGUUCUUCUUCCUUGGAUUUGAAUGGAGGAAUUGGUUCUGGUAGCAAUAACAACAGCAACAUGAAUAAUGGUACCAAUUCGACUGUCUUUCUUGACUUUCCACCCACUCGUCGUUCCAGCUUUAAGGAAAUUCCCAUCGAUUCCAUCAUUCAGAAUUUACACUUGCCUCAAAAAGAAGCAGCGAAAGCAUUGGGUGUGAGUGUGAGUACUCUCAAGAGAAGAUUCUAUAGUGUGAGAGAACAGAUUGGAAUUGAAAAGUGGCCAACCAUUACCUUGUCUAAGGUGGAGACUGGAGCCUUAUUUGUUCCUUCCUCCACUCAUACAACGACAGCAUCGAGUAAUGGUAAUGGGUUUCAUUCCACCGUCACAGGAACUAGUUCAGCAUCGUUCCAACAACAGACGAGAGGAGAGGACUCCAAGAAUUUACACUCUCCAACGAUGGGAAGAUCAUCCUCCAUAUUCGUUCAGAGUCCUCAGCCCAUACCCAUUCAACAACAGAAAACAGCAGAGACAAAUUUGGUGUCUAAUGUGAUUAUGAGUAAACAAAUGACUCCAGUGGCGAAUGGUGGACCCAUAUCUUCUCCUUUCAACAAUUCUGGCCUCAAUCCGCAUGGGUCGAAUCCUCACCACAUGAUGAUGAGUGCUUCUUUAAACGCCAGUCAAAAUCAUCAGUCUGUUUCAUGUGCUCCCACUCAGAAUAGUUCAUUUGCAACCUCUACAACCUCCACUCUCCAUAUGGGAGGUGGCAAUGCAGCGUUCAAUCCUUCAAACAGUCAAUAG